AUCCCACGUUUUUUCCUCCAGGUUUCCCCUCCAGUUGUGACGCACUCCUUUCCUUCCUGUUAGAAAAAGGCAGUUAUCCUCACAUUCAUAAAAAAUGACUAAACUACCCCUCAACAAAAACCCAUAUGUCAACCUUACCCUUCUCCUUCAACCACCAUAUAAAUCUCUACUAUCCGUUGCAUCCUUCACACUUUUCUCCACUCUCUCUUUCUCUCUUGUUGUUUUUCUCUCUCUUCUGCAACACCCAACUCUCUUUCUCCUCAAAGCAACCAAAAAUGGCGACCACACCAAAUUCAGCAACAACGAAAAAGUGGUUCACCAAGAGGUCAAUUUCAGAAACUACACACUUUCUGUCUCCUCUAAAUCAGCCGAAAACGGCGACAACAACAACAACAACAAGAACAAGGACAAACUCAGCAACGAAGAAAAAAUGGUCUGCGAAGAGGUUGAUGAGCAAGGAAGCAUGGAGAUGGAGAGUACUGAGCUCUGGUUUUAGGUUUCCAUGGAAGAGACUUCACAUGAUCAAAUUGUCUUUCCUCCAUGAUUUUCUCUUCAAAAUUGUCUCUACUUUUGAAGCGAUUUUCCUCGUUUCUAGCCUCUGCUUCUUCUUCCUCUGUUGCGGCUGUCAUUUUUGACCGUAAUUAAGCUUUAUGAAAUAAGUAACUCGUCAAUGGAGUUAUAUGCUUUCUAAUGACAAAUAUCGUCGGAUCUAUCAUCUACACUCUAACAGUCGAAUUGUGAAGCAGACUUUCCCUCCUUCAUUUGUCAUCGGAUUGUAGGAAUUUCGACGCAAGUUUCUCGCUCUCGCUCGGCAUGUAGUAAAAGUUGAAGUGACCUAAUUAACGAUCUAUGCUCUAUUUCAAGAAUUGCGACACAAGUUUCGCUCUCCUUUAUUUCGUCGUCGCAUAGUAAGAAAUGCGACAAAAAUCCUCUUUCAUCGUCUAUGUCGUCGUCGACUUGUAAGAAUUUCGACACAAGUUUCUCUGUCUCUUUCGAUAGAAUAACCUAACGAUUUGUUUAAAUAUUUUGUUAUCUUUUGCUCUUUUUUUUUUCCUAGUAUGAAUUAGCAAGUUUGAUGAAUUUGUAGAUGAUUAAUGUACGUAAUAUUCAAUGUAUAACACUCUAACCUAUUCUUUUAGUUGCAGAAA